AUGGUUGCUAAUGCUAAUCCCGAUCUAAUUCUUGGUUAUCUGGACGAUCUCGAUAUUUUUCUCUUAUAUCCAUCAACUCGUACUCCCAUACUUCACAUUUUUCUAUCACUUAUUUCGUUGAAUCGAACAUUCGCUUUGGUAUCACGAUUGGAUGCGCUACGAAGAGCUGCCCAGUUAGUCCGCAUUUUUCACAGUUUUUUCUUCUACAUUUUGUGA